AUGUCUGCUGAAAACAAACCAACUGUGAAAGAAAAAAGUAUCUUCAACAAGCCUGAAGUUUCACAAGUUAUGGAAGACGAUGAGGAGAUAUCACACUCCUCCCAAAAUGAAGUUUCCGAUGACUUGAAAAAGUUAGAUUCAAAUAUUGGUUCAGAAAACGUUGAGGAGAAUACUUAUUACACAAAUUUGCCGGAAUCGUUACAGCACUUGACCCAAGAAGAAUUGAAAGCCUUGGAUAAGAGAGCUAUAAGGAAGGUUGAUUUGAGAUUACUUCCCAUGAUGGCAUUUAUUUAUAUUUUGAAUUUCCUUGAUCGUAACAACAUUGCAAGCGCAAGAUUGGGUAGUUUGGAAAAAGACUUGAAUUUGAAGGGGAACCAAUACCAAGUUUGUAUUUCGAUUUUGUUUGUUGGGUACAUUUUGUUUCAGAUUCCAGGUAAUAUGAUAUUAAACAAAGUGGGACGCCCUUCAGUAUUCAUUGCGGUUGUCUUGUUUGGCUGGGGAGCUUGUGCCACGGCAAUGGGCGGCGUGCAAAAUUAUGCUGGAUUGGCAGCUACUCGUGUAUUUCUUGGUGUUGCCGAAUCUGCAUUCUUUGGUGGCGCAUUAAUGAUUUUGUCUAUGUGGUACGAUAAGAAAACAUUGGCAUCGAGAAACUCACUUUUAUUCAUUGGAAACCCACUUAGUGCUGCAUUCAGUGGGUUAUUGGCAGCUGGUAUUUUGAAGAUGGGUGGCUUGGGAGGUGUUGCAGGGUGGAGAUGGUUGUUCAUUCUUGAAGGAGGCGUCACUGUGAUAGCAGUUCCAUUCGCUUAUUUUGUUUUGCCAGACAAGCCAGCUAAUACUAAAUUCUUGAACCAAAUGGAGAAGGAUAUCAUUCAAUGGAAAGUGAGACAGGAUUUGGGUGAUGUUGCAGAUUCCGAUACUGAAGCUAAAGUUACUACUUGGCAAGGCUUUAAGUUGGCUAUCAAGGACGAGAAAAUGUGGAUGGUUACUGGUCAAUUAAGUCUUUUGGUUUGUGCUUGUGGUAUUCUUAACUUCUUCCCAACAAUCGUCGCUGCAUUAAAUUUUGACAGGACUGUCACAUUAUGUUUGACUGCACCACCAUUUUUACUUGCGGUUCCCGUCUCAUACUACUGGGCUAGACAUGCAGACAAAAGUGGAGAAAGAACAUUCCACAUUCUCAUUCCAUUAUCAUUGGCAACCGUGUCCUUCAUCAUUCCUGUUGCCACUACCAAUUUUGCUGCAAGAUACUUUAGUUACUGUAUUAUGAUUCCAGGCAUUAUUGGUGCAUAUGUGGUUAUCAUCACCUGGAUGCCAAACUCAUGUCCAAGACCACCAGCAAAGAGGGCUGUUUCGAUUGCUUUGAUGAUUGGAUUGAGUAAUUCCCCUUACACAUGGACUGCCUUUUUAUACCCCUUGAGCGAUGGUCCACGUUACAUUAAAGGUAUGAGUUGUAACAUUGCAUUCUCGGUUAUGGCAAUGAUCUUAGUAGUGUUGUUGAGAAUCAGAUUGAGGCAAUUGAACAAGAAGGUUGAAAAUGGUACUAUGAACUGGCAAAAAGAAUUGGGAGAGGGUAAUGACGGUUCCAAGAUUGCUGCUGACUUUAGAUACUUAUAUUAG